UCAGAGGGGGACACAGAUUGGAUUUUUCCCUACAUAGGACAAACAGACUAGCUUUAUGGUGGUGAUAAUUCCCAUCAUAUAACUGAGAGUGUUCUGGACAAGAAGAGGACUUUAUCCCUGGUGCAUGGUGAUUUAUUUUGACUGAAAUCAGAAUGGAGGCAAAUGGCACAGCUGGGAAGUUUGGUUUGGAGGGGGAUCCGGAUCUCCAGUUCCUGCUGAUCGGCGGGGAGCUGAUCAAGGUCCGCUCCAGCUCCUGGAAGAAGAACCGUCUCUUCAAACUGCAAGAAGACUGCAAGACCUUGUGGCACGAGUCCCAUAAAAUGUUCAAGAAACAUCACACCUUCUCCAUUGAUGACAUUGAUUCAGUGCGCAUGGGCCGUCAGUCCGAGGGCCUUAAUAAAUACACCGACGCCACCGUCGAAGAGCAGUGCUUCUCCAUCAUCUUCAAGGGUCGCAAGAGAAAUCUUGACCUGAUGGCCAUCAAUGGGGGGGAAGCCAAACAGUGGGUCAACAGCCUGAACAAGCUCAUCAGCAACAUGCGCAACCUCAACCGGCAGCAGAAGAGCGAGCACUGGAUCAUCAACUGCAUGCGAAAAGCAGACAAGAAUGAAGACAAUAAGAUGACCCUGAAGGAGCUGAAGCACUUCCUGCGACAGAUAAACAUCGAGGUUGAUGACACUUACGCAGAGGAAAUCUUCAAGAAAUGUGACGAGUCCAAUUCAGGAUCCCUGGAAGGCGCGGAGAUCAAGCACUUCUACGACCUACUAACGCAGCGGGAGGAGAUAGAUGUGAUUUAUGGGCAGUACGCUGAAACAGAGGGUCAGAUGAGCCCCAGAGACCUGCUGAGCUUCCUGCUGAAUGAGCAGAGGGAGCAGGCGUCCAUGGAGGACGCUCUCAAGCUGAUCGAGAAAUACGAGAUGGAUGGAACAGCGAAGCAGAAGAAGCACAUGACAAAAGACGGCUUCCUGAUGUAUCUGCACCAAGAGGAGGGAUCCAUCCUCAACCCGGCCCACAAACAUGUGUACCAGGACAUGAGCCAGCCCCUCAACCAUUAUUACAUCUCCUCCUCACACAACACAUACCUGAUGGAAGACCAACUCAAAGGGCCCAGCAGCACAGAGGCCUACAUAAAAGCGCUUAUGAAGAGCUGCCGCUGUGUGGAGCUGGACUGUUGGGACGGGGCUAACGGGGAGCCUGUCAUUUAUCACGGCUACACACUCACAUCCAAAGUGCUCUUCAGAGACGUCAUCAAAGCCAUCAAAGAGUACGCCUUCAAAACGUCGGACUACCCGGUGAUCCUGUCCCUGGAGAACCACUGCACCGUGGACCAACAGAAGCUCAUGGCCCAUCACUUGAUUUCCAUCCUGGGCGAUGCUUUGGUCACAAAGCCCCUGGGCAAAACCAUGCCGACCAACUUCCCCUCACCUGAGGAGCUGAAGGGCAAGUUCCUCAUCAAGGGCAAACGACUGAACAAACUGGAUGCUGCCUUCACCAGUAACAGCAGCAUAGAGGAAGACACGGUGUCCGAGGAGGAUGAGGCGGCAGAUUGUAAGGAGAAUGGACAAAAAGCCAAGUCAAAGAAAUCAAAGAUCAAACUUGCCACAGUGCUCUCGGACAUCGUCAUCUACUGUAAGAGUGUCCACUUUAACGGCUUCGAGCACGCAAAAGACAACCAGGCCUUCUACGAGAUGUCGUCCUUUAAGGAGAGUAAAGCUUUCAACCUGGCGGACACCUCAGCUACUGCCUACAUGCAUCACAACAUGGACAAACUCAGUAGGAUCUACCCAGCGGGCUCCAGAACCGACUCCUCUAACUACAACCCCGUGCCCAUGUGGAACGUCGGCUGCCAGAUAGUGGCGCUGAACUUCCAGACUCCCUCCAAAGAGAUGCACCUAAACCAGGGACGGUUUCUGCCGAACGGUUUCAGCGGCUACGUCCUGAAGCCUGAAUUCCAGAGAAGUUUGUCCUCUCAGUUUGAUCCCAACACACUUACCAAGGGACCCUGGCUACAGAGGAAGGUCUUUCAUGUCAUGGUCAUCUCAGCUCAGCAGUUACCGAAACUCAACAAGGACAAACACAAAUCCAUUGUGGACCCUCUGGUAAGAGUGGAGAUCUGCGGGGUCCCAGCAGACAACGCCAGCAAGGAGACGCGGCACAUUGAAAACAACGGGUUCAACCCCAUGUGGAAUGAGCGCUUCCAGUUUAACAUCCAAGUCCCAGAGCUGGCCAUGGUGCAGUUUGUGGUGGAGGACUAUGACACAACAACCCAGAAUGAUUUCAUCGGGCAGUACUGUCUACCACUCACCAGUGUGCAGAACGGAUAUCGCCACGUCCCUCUGCUCACCAAGAGAGGUGACGUCAUUUGCUCUGCUGGACUGUUUGUGCACCUCAUGCUCCUGGACGUCCAGUAGACCCGCAUGUGGAAAAGCCUCAUGCCAGGAUGGAACAGCGUGUUUUUGGAAACUCUUUUAAAAAAAAAAAAAAAAAAAAGAUUUUGUCCAGUUUUAAAGCUAAAUAAUAUAACUCUUCAAAAAUACUUCAAAAGCGUCUUUCACAGAGAAAACAUUUUGUCGUCUGCCAAGAAACAGCCACUGACUCACAGUCGUCUCUGACGCUUUCCUGUUAUUGUAUAACUUUAGCUUUUUAAAUAGUGGCUGACAGUACCUGUACGGCAACAAAACAAGGAUGAAUGAAAAUGUGAAUGAAAGAGCUGUGAAAAAUCGGUGUAGGAAAUUAUUUAAAGGAAGUCAAAAAACUGUGUUUGCCAUAUCGGGGAGGAGUACAAUAAUUAGUAUUGUACGAAUUUCUGAAAAGUAUUUUCAUAUUUUACAGAUUUACAGACUUUUAUAUAUUUCCCUUCAGAAUCAUACAGGCCAUAACUCAUGGAAACGCUAUUUGUCGAGCAGUAUGAAUGGUAUUUGUGUCUGUGCGCAUGUGUCCAGGUGUCUAAUAAUUUUUGUAAUGUUAGUGCGAUUAACCUUUCUUUCAAAAAAAGACUCAAAAUGCUUUAUAACUUCCUUGUUGUUGAUUGUUGAUAUGAGGAGCACAUUAACUGUAUAUUGUAUGAAUCUGCUCUAGACAUGUUGAACUUCACUCAACAAGUAUUUUAUGUCAAGCAAAUCCUAAUAUUUUUAAAACAAAAUCAUACUUUAUUUGUAUUUUUUACCAUUUGUUUUUCCAUGACAAACUUAUGACUGUCAGUGCCUCGAGUCACUUAUCCACAUUUGCACUAGCUCUCAAAUAAAACUCUGAUAGUCGGUCGA